GGCCAUUCCCAUCGGAGUUAUUGCCAUCCCGCCCUUCGCCAACUUCUUGGUCAUCGUCCUGAUGUAUUUCUUCCCACGCCAGCUCCUGAUCCGCCACUUCUGGACCCCGAGCCAGCAGGUUGAGUUCCUGGACGCCUACGACGCCAUCCGGAGGGACUCGUAUCCGGAUGUGGUGGAGAGUUUAGCCCUGGCAGUGCGUUCCCUGCCUGAGCCGCAGCUCCAAAAACGCCUGCAGGAGCUCUGCGCCCAGGUGCAGCGAGGUUCCCAGCCGCGCGUGGCCGAACUCUACGCUGUGAGAAGUUUGUUUUUGGGAUCUCCGCUGGGUCUGAACAAGCUCCAGGUGUCUCACGUGAAAGCCCUAAGCCAGGUCCUGUUUCUGACCCCCCACUUGCCGGCCUUUUUCCUGAGGCGUCGCCUGCGGAGCCACGUCUUGGAGAUCCGGCACCUGGACCGCGCCAUGCUGCGCCUGGGCUUGGGCCAGCUGUCCGAGGAGGAGCUGAAAGCGGCUUGUUACCUCCGUGGCCUGAACCCCACUCGUCUCGGCAUGUCCGAGUGCAGAGCGUGGCUGGAGCAGUGGCUGGGGCUCUCCUGCAAGCUGCAAGCUUCCGAAGCUUCCCUCCUGGCGAACAGCAUGGUCCUGCUGUCCCUCAACUACGUCGGGGCCAAGGAGUACGGCGGAGCCCGGCAGCGCGCGCCGACUCAGCAAUUCCCAGCCUGGUGCCACAAAAAAAACCCCAACCCCCAGACCAAACCCCUUUCGCUGGUGCGAAACCACAGCCCGGAGUUGGUGAGAGGGGCCCCGAUGCUGCCGCGGGGGCGAAGACGCGAUUCCCUCCCUCCUGCGCCAGAGGUUUGCGCCGGCGCCGGCUCUUCUCUUCCCCUUCGUGCCAUCGGAGCGGGCUGGGGACGCCGCGGGGCUGAGCCCCGUCCCUCCCCAACCCCCAGACCAAACCCCUUUCGCUGGUGCGAAACCACAGCCCGGAGUUG